AUGGAGGAGGGCGAAGAUCCACCUGAGGGCGAGGGCGAGGGCGAGGGGGGCCCCUCCACGGCUUUUGAGUAUGCCAGCAACUUCCGUGAGAUGAUGCAGUACUCAGCCGAGGACAAGAAGGCGGACACUUACAUUCCAAUCGCCGGCAACACCUACCGUUAUUGGGGCUUUGGUAUCCCAGAGCACCGGUUCACGACCCAGAACUUUGGUGUGUUCUCCAUUUUGAUCGUGCAGAUCCUUUCGCCGCCAGCAUGCAUCAUCUACAACUUAUUCAAAAUGGAUUGGGAGAACUGGCACUUUGGUCUUUCAGAUUGGUACUACAUUCCAGGAAGCGGUAACCACGGCGUGUCGAAUCUCUCGAAGCAUGUGGUGGCAACGAUCUUCCUACUGAUGUUUACGCUGAAUGGUGCGAUAGUCGUGGACAGUGAGCGGAUUGCGUCGCUGAAAAUCUCUGCGAUGCUGGAUGCCUUGGCCAAAACGAAGCCGGAAUUCCUCAAGGAUGUGAACCUCUUCUGGCUCCAUGUUGGACGCGUGUUGAACUGCAUCGUCGUGUUGGAGUGCUGCUUCAUUGUCUACUUUGCCUUCGUAUUGUCUGAGAGUCCGAUGGACGUCGUUUUCAAUGCUUUGGCUGUGACCUUCCUGUACAACCUUGAUGACAUUGAUGGCGAAAUGGGAUUCAUCACAGACGACGACUGGGAUGGAGAAGAACUGGGCAAAGUAUACUACUAUGCUGUGGACCCAGUGAUGAUGGAUGAAGAGCUCAAUCCAGACAAUUACACGCCAGAUGAGAUCAACAACUGCAAUGGCAUGCGCAAUAAAUAUGGUUCCUGGACCUACAGGAUUGCGGAGCCACUGGUUUACCUGCUGGUCAUCGUCCUUCCAUUGGACGCCUGGCUGAUUUGA